CAGCUAGGCAACUUUAUCUUUGAUAAUGGUUCACGCAUUUUCUAAUAAUAUGGGGUGUAAUAAUAUUAUUAGGUUUUUUGUAAUUGCGAUCACAGUUCUCAAUGUGUGUUUUUGCUCUGAAAGCAGAAGGUCAUCAAGACUUUCCACAUCUUCAAGAGCACAGUUGAAUGUAGAACUCUAUACAGGACCAGAGACGAUUCUUUCAAAACAGAUAAGCUAUGAAGGCGUUAGUUUGAUUAUUGGAUCCAACUAUGAGCGUGAAUUGAAAACUUCAGAACCAAUUUACAAAUGUAUUCUUACUGAUUUACCUGAGUGGUACACAGGACCCGAACUUCUGGAACGUCCUAGAAGCUAUAGAAUGAAUCCAAGUGAAGAAAGGUCAUCAGAACAUGUUUCAGAUUAUUUUUCUCAUUUCUUCAGAGAAUUUUGGCUGUGUAGAGAUCCAACCAAUGCGAACCAACCCGUAUUCUACAAAGUGGUUAACCAGUUGAUAAGUGUAAGAGAUAUUUUUGAAAUAAAAUACUAUCCUUACAUUGAAGUGGCUACUGUCGACUAUUUGGGAUCCAAUAAAAACAGCGCCAAAAUUAAAGAAAUUAAGUUCAUCUACAAAGAUGGAGGAAGGUUUUAUAAUCUCAAAUUUGGUGAGUAA